AUGGCUCUGCUUCAUACCAGGACUUUCCCCAACCAUCAGCUGUCCGGCUAUUGCUGCCCCAUGGCCCUUGUGGAGAAGGGUGUGGACAGACACGGGGCAAGGGAAAGCAGCUGUGCGGCAGCUGGAGUUGACUAUAUUGUGGAGUAUGACUAUGAUGCUGUACACGAUGACGAAUUAACUAUUCGAGUUGGAGAAAUCAUCAGGAAUGUGAAAAAAUUACAGGAGGAAGGAUGGCUAGAAGGAGAACUAAAUGGGAGAAGAGGAAUGUUUCCUGAUAAUUUUGUUAAGGAAAUUAAAAGAGACACAGACUCCAAGGAUGACAAUUUACCUAUUAAACGGGAAAGGCAUGGGAAUGUAGCAAGUCUUGUGCAACGAAUAAGCAACUAUGGACUUCCAGCUGGAGGAAUUCAGCCACAUCCACAAACCAAAAACAUUAAGAAGAAGAUCAAGAAGCGUCAGUGUAAAGUUCUUUUUGAGUACAUUCCACAAAAUGAAGAUGAACUGGAGCUGAAAGUGGGAGAUAUUAUUGAUAUUAAUGAAGAGGUAGAAGAAGGCUGGUGGAGUGGAACCCUGCACAACAAGUUGGGACUGUUUCCCUCAAAUUUUGUGAAAGAAUUAGAGGUAACUGAUGAUGGUGAAAUUCAUGAAGCCCAGGAGGAUUCAGAAACUAUUUUGACUGGGCCUACUUCACCUUUACCCUCUCCGGGGAAUGGGAGCGACACUGCACCUGGAUCAGCUACACAGCCAAAGAAAAUUCGAGGAAUUGGUUUUGGAGAUAUUUUUAAAGAAGGUUCUGUGAAACUUAAGACAAGAACAUCCAGUAGUGAAACAGAAGAGAAAAAAACAGAAAAGCCUUUAAUCAUACAGUCACUAGGAUCCAAAACUCAGAGUGCAGAGUUGACAAAAACAGACUCUGAAGGUAAAAUUAAAGCUAAGGAAUAUUGUAGAACAUUAUUUGCCUAUGAAGGUACUAAUGAAGAUGAACUUAGUUUUAAGGAGGGGGAGAUAAUCCAUUUGAUAAGUAAGGAGACUGGAGAGACUGGCUGGUGGAAGGGUGAACUUAAUGGUAAAGAAGGAGUAUUUCCAGACAAUUUUGCUGUUCAGAUAAAUGAGCUGGAUAAAGACUUUCCAAAACCAAAGAAACCACCACCUCCUGCUAAGGGUCCAGCUCCAAAGCCUGAGCUGAUAACUGCAGAGAAGAAAUAUUUUCCUUUAAAGCCUGAAGAAAAAGAUGAAAAAUCAGCUCUGGAACAGAAACCUUCCAAACCAGCAGCUCCACAAGUCCCACCCAAGAAGCCUACUCCACCCACUAAAGCCAAUAAUUUAUUGAGAUCUUCUGGAACCGUGUAUUCAAAGCGACCUGAAAAACCAGUUCCUCCACCCCCUCCUGUAGCUAAGAUUAAUGGGGAAGUUUCUACUCUUUCAUCAAAAUUUGAAACUGAGCCAGUAUCAAAACCAAAGUUAGAUUUCGAACAGUUGCCACUUAGACCAAAAUCAGUUGACCUUGACUCAUUUACAGUAAGGAGCUCCAAAGAAACAGAUGUUGUAAAUUUUGAUGACAUAGCUUCCUCAGAAAACUUGCAUCAUCUCACUGCAAAUAGACCAAAGAUGCCUGGAAGAAGAUUGCCUGGCCGCUUCAAUGGUGGACAUUCUCCAACUCAAAGCCCAGAAAAAAUCUUGAAGUUACCAAAAGAAGAGGAUAGUGCCAACCUAAAGCCAUCUGAAUUCAAAAAGGAUACAUGCUACUCUCCAAAGCCAUCGGCGUACCUUUCAACACUUCCAAGUGCUUCUAAAACAAAUGCAACAGCUUUCCUGACUCCAUUAGAAAUCAAAGCUAAAGCAAAUGAAGCAGAUGAUGGGAAAAAAAAUUCCCUGGAUGAACUUCGAGCCCAGAUUAUUGAAUUGCUGUGCAUCGUAGAAGCACUGAAAAAAGAUCAUGGGAAAGAACUGGAAAAACUACGAAAAGAUUUGGAAGAAGAGAAAGCAAUGAGAAGCAAUCUAGAGAUGGAAAUAGAGAAGCUAAAAAAAGCUGUCCUGUCUUCUUGAAAUUGUGUGGUGGACCCAGUGUUCCUAAUGUUCCAGGGAUUCAGAAGCAACACUAUGAACUUCAACUGACUUGUUACUUAAAAUUAGUGAAUACUGGUGUUGUGAUAAGGAAGUAUGAGUAUAUGAAGUAUAAUAUCUAUAGAAAAGUAGAGUGAGAGUGAAUUUUUUUUAUAUGUAUAUUGUUUUGCCAAUAUGAAAAAAAGAGGCCUUAUUUCUUACUGUGCUGGGAUUGCAAACAAUUUUUAAAAAUUUGUUUGCUUGAAAAUACUACUGAAUCUGUAUAAAAAGGAAAGAAAGUUCACAAUAGUUUUUUUAUUAAACUUGUAUUAUUUUUAAAGAAAUCUAUACUAUAAAUAUGGUGAUAUCUUUACAAGUAAUCUGUAAGAUAUACUGUUUGAGAGGGACAAAUUAGCUUUUAGUAACUGUAUUCACUACUUUUCCCAUAAUGAAUAUAGGGACAUAAACUGUGUGUGUGUGUGUGUGUGUGUGUGUGUGUGUGUGUGUGUGUGUGUGUUCAAUUUUAGCAUUUUACCCAGGAUUACACUGUUGUGCCUGUUUGUCUGCAGUGCUGUUUAUAUCUUGGGUGAUGAGAUACUUACCUAGCUAUAAACCAGAUUACUCACCCAUACAUAUAAUAAGAACUGAUGAAAUAAUCAAAAUAAUUUCUUCAACUUUUAGAGUAUUUUAUAUUGCUUGCACUAUAGGAUUCAUAAAAGGAAUUUAGUUACAAAUGGAUUGUUAAACAUUAUUUGGGAAAAUAUGAGCUUUAUUUUAAAUUCAUUAGGUCUGAGGAAUCUGAAAAAUGUUAAUUUAACCCUUAACUUGUGCCUAGAAACUACAGCACAUAAAAUAUGUAAACACCAGCCUUACGCCUGUGCUUUUCUGCUUAUUUUACAGUCUUGAAUACUACUCAUUUUGUUAUCUUGUGAUUUGGUUCUUUGUGCUCCUCCUUAUAAUUUUUAAUGGUAAUACGAGGAAAACAACACCCAAAGCUUUUCAGAACUCAGUGUGAGGUUUCAUACUCUGGUAAAAUACUCAGGUUUUACAGUGUAAAAUUUGCCUAGUAGACCAAAUUAAUCUGUAGAGUUCAAAGAACUGUUAUUUAGGUACCAGCUUUAUAAAGAGUGUUAGUAUGUCAUAAAACAAAACAUUACAGCUUAUUUUAAACUCAUAUAGUUGACCGUAUUCAAAAUACAUUUUUGCAGAAUGGAUGAAUUAGUAGCUUCUUUGGAGUUACUACUGAAUAUUUUAAAAUGUCAUAUCUUAUAGGUCACAUGUCUAAAAACAGAUAGGUUUCUUAAAAAUUUUUGAAGUUUUAAAUCUUUUUCAUUUGCAAAAAAAUUAGGUUUGAAGCUUUAUUGUAGUAAAUGAGUGUCAGAUUUUGAGUACCAAUUAUUAUGCUUCCAUUGUUUGUUGUUUUAAACUACCAGACCAAUAUUUUUUCUUUAUGUUUUAGUCUUACAGUACAGAAAUCUUGUGUAAAUGAAAUUUGUCAUGUUUCAAAUAAAGAGAACUGAAGUAGAAAAUAAUGAAAAUGCCAAUACACAUUUACCUGAUAUUUAAUUUACAGCUUAUAUUAGGGUUUUGGGGGAAUGCUGAUUAUGUAUUAAGAAAUGUACAUUAUAACUCUUUCAAGUCUUUGGGCUCUUCUAAUGAGUUCACUACUGAACAAAAUUGUUCCUUCCCGUUCUGUUUUUAAAUGACUAUUUAAUUGAAUGAUUUCAUCUUUGUUAAAUGAAUUAAAUCUUUCUUUUAAUGAUAGAUCUUAGGAAAAAACAAAAACCUUGCAUUCUAGACAUCAUCCUCCAGCUUUCUCACUGGAAAAUCUAUUGGCACAAUCCCAUCCCACCGUAAUAAUGUGGUAGGGGAAGGUUCCAGCAGAUUUCAGGCUAUUCUUAAGGUUUUGGUUGGUCAUUUUUCUCACUAGUACAUGAAAUCAUGAUGGUCAUGAGUGCUGAAAUACAGUUAAAGUCUUUGCCUGUAUACUCCUCGACCAGAAUAGAGAAGUAAUUGAAGUGCUAUAUGUCUGUUUAUCUGCCCUUGACAAAAUAAUAAAGAAAACCAAACAAACUUGAGCCUAAAGGGAAAAUAGAUUUUUUUAUUCUAGCAACUUACUUGUUGCUCCUGAUAUGGGAACUUUAAUUAAUUUCUGUUCUUAAAGUUUAUAUCACAAAAUGAUAUGUAGUAAUAAUAGACUACUCGAGGUAAAUCAUUAAUUUUUUCUCUACAUAUGAGUUAAAUAACAGACUAAAGGUGAACAGAAUGGAAUCUGUCAUUGCCAAAUUAUUGAUGAAUGUAUAGUUCAGGCUUGCUAUUCUUGGAAACACAUAAUAGUAAUAAUUUUGUGAUUGUAUUUCAAUGUUACGUUUUGUGUGUGACCACUAAGCUUGUCUUAUUAUAAGCUGUUUCUUUUUACAUAAUUUAAGUCUAAAGAUAUAAAGAGAGAAUAGGCUGUGUAACAGAAGAUGUUCUUUCUCAUGUUCCUUCCUGUGAUCACAGAAAAAAAGGUUCAUGUGCUCUAGAUUUUUGACAAAGAUUAUGAUUGCAUUUAAACUUGAAAUGUAUGAGCAGAAUGAGACAAUCAGUUAAAUCAGAAAUGGGAAGUAUUAUAAUUUAAUGGCCUUGUUUUGCUGUAGCAAUAAAAUGACCAAGUGCAAUGACUUGAUUUAAUAAAAUCAUCUUUUAAAAGUUGCUGCUAUGAAUAUGUUUAGCUAUAAAAAUUUACCCUGACUUGCUUUCAAAACUAUUAUGAAAUUCAGGUGAUGUUGUGGUUAUUUAACAUUCCAAAAAAA